CAGACAGUAGGCAAGGAAAUUUUGAGAGAAACAGGUAUAAGGUAUCCUGACAGAACCAAUGCAAGAUUCCCUAAUGUACCACGUCCUUGUGACACUAUGGCUCCAACUACGCAUGUUAGAGGAAGAACAAGGGACAGACAAGAAAAAAUGGCAAGCACAGGUGGGAAAAUUGAACCAGAGAUUUCUCCCCCACUGAUAGGCGGUAUAAUAUCACCAUCACGUCAGUCUGUACCACAGUCAGGUUUAAGCCAAGUGUUGGCAAAGUAUAAGAGCUACUUGCAGUCUAUUUACAAUGCUAGAGCCAUAGCUCCAGCAGACAAGUACCUUCCCACCCUAGAUGCCCCCUACAUUAAUCUAGCCAUGAUUAUGAGGGGUGACUAC